UUUCUGUGUGCUUGCCGCUUUAGAUCAAUCCUAAUCCUAAAGAAGCCCAAAACUAUGUCCUCCAAUGGUUACGGAACAACCCACCCUCCUGUCAUCACUACUUCCCUCCAUUGCCUUUAUUUCCUGCCCCCAAAUCACUACUUUUCUCACUAUCUCACCCAAUUCACUACCACCGACCUUGUACUCAUACGCUUCCGAUCCCCUAAUUAUUUCUCUCCCACAGGAAAAAAAAAAAAAAAAAAAAUCAUAUUUUUCCCUAUGUGCGGCGGCAUGACUACCUUUAGCUUCCCAACAUGCUUCCCAGCCAUUUGAUACAGUUUUCCGGGAAAAUCCCCCCUUCCCCCAUCGGGGUCGUUGAUAGUUUAACCAGAUCAAAAAGUUUCGCGGCCUAAUUCGAUCCAAUUUCCCAAUAACUCAACAGUCCCGCAACUGUUCCCUCUUUUUUGAGUGACAUGGAAGAGGAACCGAGUUUGCAACAAAACUGCAAGCAGCUGCUCAGUCCGCGAAGAAACAUUAUCUUCGGAAAGUACGAGAUGGGGAGGGUGUUAGGCCAAGGUACUUUUGCCAAAGUCUACCAUGGCAAGAACAUCAUCACCAACGAGAGUGUUGCCAUCAAGGUGAUCAACAAAGACCACGUCAAGAGAGAAGACCUGAUGGAGCAAAUCAAGCGCGAGAUCUCGGUCAUGCGCUUGGUUCGCCAUCCAAAUAUUGUUGAGCUGAAGGAAGUUAUGGCCACCAAGGGGAAGAUAUUCUUCGCGAUGGAGUACGUGAAAGGCGGCGAGUUGUUUGCAAAAGUAAUAAAAGGAAAGCUGAAGGAGGACUUAGCACGAAAGUAUUUCCAACAGUUGGUGAGCGCGGUCGAUUUCUGUCACAGCCGGGGAGUUUCGCAUCGAGACUUGAAGCCCGAAAAUCUCCUUCUGGAUGAUAACGAGGACUUGAAAGUGUCCGAUUUCGGCUUGUCCGCUCUUCCGGAGCAGCUCUGGAAUGACGGGUUGCUCCACACCCAGUGUGGCACGCCGGCAUACGUGGCGCCCGAGGUGUUGAGGAAGAAAGGGUACGAUGGAGCCAAGGCUGACAUCUGGUCUUGUGGGGUAAUCCUCUUCGUUUUGCUCGCUGGGUAUUUGCCAUUUCGAGCCGACAACGUCAUGAAAAUGUAUAGGAAGGUUUUCAAGGCUGAAUAUGAGUUUCCUCCAUGGUUUUCCACCGAUGCAAAGCUGUUGAUAUCCAAGCUCCUUGUUCCUGAUCCGGGAAAGAGAAUUUCAAUCCCGGAGAUAAUGCAGAGUCCUUGGUUUCUGAAGGGAUUUACAAAGCCAAUUGCGCUCUCAAUCCAAGUACCGGUGGGAGAUCAGAAAGAUGAGAAGGACGAUAAUAAUGGAGAGGCGUUCAUGGAAUCGGUGAAAACCAAAUCUUUGUCACCGCCUUUUUUUAACGCUUUUGAAUUCAUUUCGUCGAUGUCUUCCGGGUUCGACUUGUCGAGCUUGUUUGAGAGCAAGAGGAAAUCCGGGUCCAUGUUCACGUCCAAGUGCUCAGGAGAGGGGAUUCUGGCGAAGCUGGCGGCUAUUGCGAAGAGGCUGAAUUUCGGGGUGACGAGUGUGAAGGAUUUCAAGAUGAAAAUGGAGGGUGAAGUGGAUGGUAGGAAAGGAAAGUUGGCUGUGACGGCGGAGGUGUUCGAGGUGGCGCCGGAGGUGGCGGUGGUAGAGUUCUCUAAGUCUGCCGGAGACAGUCUCGAGUACAAGAAAUUUUAUGAGGAGGAUGUGAGGCCAGCACUUAAAGACAUUGUUUGGAGCUGGCAGGGGGAGAGUACCUGCCAUUAAUUAGAUUAUUAGAGUUGUAAUCCAUUGUUUUCUGUUUUUUGGGCUUUGGAGAUUGUAAUGCAGUUUUUUUGUAAUCUGUGUUGCAAAGCCUCUGAUGCAACAACAGUGGCUUCUGUAUAUAAUCUGAAUGUAUGAUGUGUGAUUAGCGAAGAAUGGUAGCUGAGGGGGGAUGACAAUCUCUUUGUAAAUUGGUUUCGAGAUGCAAAAAAUCAUGACGACGACUCGUUGGUAUUUUUUA